UCGCAACUGUCGCAUUACUCCUAAAAUUGACGAGAUAGUUUGACGUAACAGACUACCAUAGAUUAAGUAAAGAUACUAACAUUAGAAGUGAAAUGAUAACCCACAGACAAUAUUAUAAUUUCACAAUAACACGCAUGCAUGAGUGAAAUUUAGGUUUACAGAACCGUUGAUUUCUGUUUCUAAUUUCUUAUAAAACAACGUUAGUAAGUCUCAUCUGUAUGCUGUCCUGCGACAUGAACCUGGUUGUAUAGUCCGCUUUAAAACCAUUACAGAACUAAUUAUCUUUGGGUAGUGGUUAAUAUAUUCUUUAAGGUUGACAUGGAAACGAUAUUGUUACUAAGAUCGACAUAAAUCAUGAUGUUUUCAAAACUUUUUAACGAUAUUAUUGUAAUAACGUAUAAUCAAUAAAUAUUGGUUUUAUAAGAGAUUAAUUAAUAAUCCGUGAAAACUAAAUGGAGUAGACGUUAAAUAAAGAUUUUCAGUAUAAUGCCAUUUCAUGAAGCACCCAGUGUUGAGCUGGGAUCAGCACCAAGAACACCAAGUGUUAUUGCCUCGCCGUCACCUUCAGAGGUUUCUAGUGCAAGCUCAUCGGAACCACACAACGUUCGAGCAACGCCGUUAUUCAGGGCCCUGGCAUUGCGGCCCCCAGAACCAGAACAACCUCCAGGACAAGAUGAAUUGGAACGACGCCUGCCAGGUUACAGGCGAAUCGUUAUACCCCGGGAGUUAACUCUUAUUGAAUUGCUUAAGCAGAGCAGCGGUGUUACAGCUGACGAUGAAGUCUUGAGAAUCCGUGAAGCAAAGUUAAAAGUUGUGGCUGAGCGUGUAGGCCUACGACGUCUUCAUGUUUUAGCUCCACACUUGAGAAAAUUGACACUAGAUGGCAGUGCAAUAUCUUCUCUACGAGACCUGGGCAUUGGUCUUAUCCAUUUAAAGGUGCUUAGCGUCAAUCGUUGUGGGCUUACAUCGUUGGAUGGAAUCUGGGGUCUUGGAACGUUACGAGAACUCCACGCAGCGGGAAAUCGAUUGCGUGAUCUUCAUCCUUUGGCUGUGCUACAGAAGCUGCAUACACUAAAUCUGGCUGACAAUCCUCUGGAGGAAACAAGCCGCCUUUGGACUCUGGGCGUAUGUGGUGCAUUGCGACAUAUAACAUUGAGGGGUACUCCUUUGGCCAACCUCAUGGAGUACAGAACAUUGGUGGCCUCAGCUCUGCCAAUGCUGACGCAUCUAGAUGAUUUUCCUCUUCAAGAUGAUAGUGUUAUCGAUGAGGCUAUUGAAGCCUCUUCGGAGUCCGAUGCCGACGUCAGCGAUAUUGAAUUAGAUAAACCAUCUAAUGUGCAAUCUGAUCCGCAACCUGGUCCAUCACAUGAGACCAAAGGACACGUACCAGACGUCUGCAUAGAACCCAUUCAACCAACAGUUCGUAAACGACCAGCGACAACAGAAUGCAUUGGUCUUCGGCCGAGAAUAAAUGUCCCGCCAAGACCAAAGACAGCAGUGGAACGAAAUACACCAUCAAAAUUGCAUGUGGUUAACACACUUUUAGACAAUGAGUGGCACUGUAGCGGCAGUAAGUUGACUUCGAGUGGACCAGUUUAUGGGAAUUUAGCAAGGGCUUUACGAAGAUCGAGAAACAGCCGCGAUAGUUCAAAUUCCGAUAUAUUUGCUGAACAAACACUGGAAGUGGCCUGUCGCGCUGUUGCCGCAGAAAUACCGCGAGCUCUCACUUCAGAACUAUGGGAUAAAUUCAAAGAAGACACUGGAAUUGAAAUCGAUAUAGACUUCAAUGAAAGACCAAAAGACGCAGAUCCCAACAAAGCCAUUGAACGUUUAGAACAAAUCGAGAAAGAAACAAUGGAACGAUUGAACAACGAAAACCCUGACUCGAGUUUCUCACGCAACGUGUAUAACUUCGCUUCGGAUCCCGCUAGAAUAUUCUCAAGUGGCCUAAAUGAUGAAUUGUGGAGGGGAAUCGAAGAUCUGGCAUUACCUGAUACGGAGUAUACGGGAAAUCUACAUCAUUGAGUGCGGUUUAUUAUUUUAUAGGAUCUGAUGAAUAUUUAGUGUAACGAGUAUCGGUGAAAUGAAAGCUGUUGCGAAAUUUAAAAUCUUUAAAGCUUUUGUUUACAUGUGACCUUUAAGAAAUUGAUUCAUUUGAGAUACAACCGUUAACUUUUUGACUGACUCAAUUCUACUCCAAUCUUGUCAUAAACCAUUUGUCGUUGACUUUUUGAAACUGGGAAUAGAAUAAUUUGUAUGAAAUAGUCACGGUGCGUCUAAAAUUACGUAGUGUUUGUCUAAAGUUUUUAUAAGAGUUGGAUAAAUCAAGUACUAAUUUGUCGACUAAAGAAUAUAUAUCUGUGGUUUUGUGGACUUAGCUAUCUUAAAUGUAUGCAAAACUUUGAUGUUAUACAACGACUCUCCUGAAUAGUGACGCGAAGAGCUAAAAGUAUUGAAGAAGCGAGCUCUCCACGCACGGAAUUCUCUAGCUAUUUUCAAACUUCAAUGAUAUCAUCAAUACUUUAUUUAAAAACUCAAUAUAUAUACACAAUAACAUAUCUAUUUAAAUAUAGCUGUUUAAUAUACUGCUAUGGUUGUUGUCCGUCUCUGACAUAGCGAGAGAUAGAGCAAGCAAGAGUUUUCCCAUAGUAGAACUAUGGGAAAACUCAACACAUUUUUGUGAAUUUAGAGAGUUAUAUUUUUAUUUAAACACAAAGAAUUGUGUUAUUUCUUGUUAAUUGAAGAUUGUUUUGUUUAAUACAUUUUAUUAUUCGUU